AUGGCCGAAGCAUUGCUGAAAGUGCAGAAGUAUAUGAAUGUGGAAGAACCUUUAGCAGCCAUUGGCGGAGCAAAAAAAAAGAAGGAAAAGGAGGACGAUCGGCGAGGACAAAAAAGGGACCGGGUGGAUCGACGGAAUGACGAAGGAAAUAGGCGGAGGGAGGACAAGAACCCUCGUCCAACGAAAUUCACACCGUUGAUGAUGCCCAUUGACCAGAUUCUAACGGAGAUAAGGGACGAACCGUCUCUCAAGUGGCCAAGACCACUCCAUUCAACGCCUAGUUUGCGCGACAAGAGGAAAUAUUGCCAUUUUCACAAAGACCAUAGACAUUACACAGAGGAUUGCAGGGAUCUGAAGGAGCAGAUUGAAGAGCUCAUCUGUAAUGGGAAGCUACAACAGUAUGUAAAAAGGGGAGAUUCCGGCAGGUACGUCCAAAAAAGCCAACAAGUCGGUUCAUGGAGAGACGAAGACCGCCCCCCACCUCGUCCACAAAGCGCACUGGGGGAGAUAAAGACCAUCGUCGGGGGACCAACCACAGAGGGAUCAUUCAAAUCCCUCAGGAAGUCAUAUCAAAGACAGGUAAACAGUGUUCACAGUAUACCUCCCUUGAAGCAAAGACGAACCAACGGAGAUAUGUAUUUCUCUGAAGAAGACGCCAGAAGUGUAAAGCAACCUCAUGAUGACCCACUCGUCAUUAUGAUCAUGAUCGAGGGGUUCAAUACGCGAAGAGUCUUGGUCGACAGUGGGAGCUCAGCCGAUAUAAUCUAUCUUCCCGCUUUCUAG